AAUGCGUAGUUGUUCAUCAAAAUGUCUAACGGAAAACCAGUGAUUCCAUCUGAUGUCACACUAGAAGAAUCAAAACAAAAACCAAAAUCUGAUGAAAGAUGUCCCAUUUUCUCCUGGUCGGCAAAAACACCGGAGUCGAGACGGUUUAAACAGGAUCGCAUUCCUAUUAGAAGAAAAUUAGUGAAACAGUUCAUUGAAGACAAAUUGGAAGCAACAGAUCAAAUCAUAACACAGCCAGGUGAUGGAGACAACCAAAACAAAAUCUUAAACAAUGUUCAAAAUUCAAACUCAAGCGAAGGGGUCAAAGAAAUUACGUUUCGGGAAAAAGUUCAAAUUUUGGGCGACAUUGAAAGUCAAGUGGCACAGCUAGUAUCCCAUAUGGAAGAAUUGGAAGCCGAAAAUGAAACAUUGAAACAGUGUAACUGUGAGCAUUUGAUAACGUCUUUGGAUGCAUUUUUGGUGUGUUUGAAUAUGCUACAAAAUUCCGACGAUGGUCUAGUGACAGCACAGCCCUCUCAGCUUUCACCUCAGGAGGAAACAUUUCGCAACAUCCUGGCAACAAUUGGACAGUUAGAUUUCCGAAGCCAACAACAGCAAAAAAUGAUCAAUAUUUUAACACAACGUCAAACUCGGUAUCAAGCUCAGCUGAGACAACUUCAGCUCCAAAUUCAACGUUACGUUGAAAAGAAUUCAACACUUAAAAUGCGUUUAAGCAGCAGUAAAAAUUCUAGUUUAAGAAAAAAAUUUCACCAAUUUUUCAAAAUGAGCAGUAGAUGAUUAUACAACACUCAAUUCAGCCAAAAAUAUUUCCCAAAAACCUGUUGAAAAGCUCGUGUGGGGCCCUCGAAUUUGCCAAGAAAGGACCAUUGACCUCUUCGCAAUCCUCGAACCGUAAGGGGGCGGCGUGAAUGAAACUAUUCCUCAACGCAGUCGUCGUCGAAUCUUAUCGCAAGGCGGCAUCACCCCAGGGCAUCUCUCAGUUCCACACAACCUUACAUCAACAAACAGUUCCCUGACAGACUCAAGACCGAAGAAAAACCUGCCCUGGGUCCCAACCGAAAAGCGUGGAAUUUGCUGCAGACGACGGACGGCCUCUCGGAUUGCAGCCAGCAAAGUUUACUUCCCCAAAACAUAAUCGACUAAACGUGACCGGCAUGCGAAAAUAAAAGUCGGCUGAGAGAUGUUUGUUCGAUGGUGCUGCAGAAAGUUGAAAAGAAAAGGGGAG